AUGGAGCUUGCCAUAUCUGCAGUGACAGGUGAACUCGUGAGCCGAUUCGUCUCCUACCUCGCCGACAGGUACCACUCGAGCCGGCGUCCACAGUCGGGAGAGAAGCAGCUGAAGAAGCUGCAGCAGCUGCUCCUGAGAGCUCACACGGUUGUCGAGGAGGCGGAUGGGCGAUACAUAACCAACUCCGGGAUGCUGGCGCAGCUCACCAUGCUUGCGGACGCCAUGUACCGAGGCUACUGGGCACUAGGUGCGUCCAACUACAUCUCACUGGAAGAGACCACUACUAUGGGGGAGGAGGAGGGGGAGGAUCUCAAACCAUCUCCUCUCAAACGCCUUCGCACGGUUAAUAGUAUUGCUAGAAAGAACAGGGCCAUGCACCUUGUUGAGCUGCAAGGCACGUUGGAGAGCUUGGAGGAUGUCGUCGCCGGCAUGAUGGAGUUUGUCGUUCUCUUGGGCGGAUGCGACCGUAUGCUGCGUCGACCGUACGAAGCGUACCUUUUCAGUGACAAGAUCAUGUUCGGACGCCACACCGAGAAGUAG